AUGCUAGGUGGUGGAAGAAGUGCACCGCCGGGACGUCGGAAAAUAAUGGUGGUGGCAGAUCCAACCCAAGAGUCAGCAGGUGCACUCCAUUAUGCUCUUUCCCAGGCAGUUGUUGACAACGACGAAUUGAUCCUCCUCCAUGUUGAAAACCCUAAUUCGUGGAGAAACACGAUCAGCAUGUUCCUUAAGAAACCCGGCCUCAUGAAUCCUGGCCCUGCCAGCACCAGUACUUCCCGUGUCGCUGGAGGCGCCGGUGCCGGUGCCACCACAUCUUUAGAAGGAAGCUUUGGAAGAGGGGACGUGGAAUUUCUUGAAGAAAUGAAAAGCGCAUGCAAGCGUUGCAAACCAAAACUUAACGUUCGGAUUGAGAAGAAGACAAUGGUGGAAGGCAAAGACAAAGACAAAGCAACCGUUAUUCUAGAUCAAACCAAAGUUCUUGGGAUCGAUAUUCUGAUCAUAGGGCAACGAAAGAGCCUUUCUGCAAUACUUUUAGGCUAUAGGCUGCCUGGAGCAUCGUCCCGAGGGACAAAACCAAUAGACACAGCAGAGUAUCUGAUUGAUAACAGCAACUGCACUUGUGUAGGAGUACAAAAAAAAGGGCAGAAUGGAGGUUACCUUCUCAACACAAAAACGCAUAAAAACUUCUGGCUUCUAGCAUAA